GCCUCGGAGGCGCUCUGUUAGAACGCACAGGGUGGAGAAUGGAGCCAUGGGGGCAGGGCGGAAUGGACUGCCGUAGACUGCCACCGCGUCGUCGCUGUCCAUGCGCGCGGAGCCGGCUUCUCGCAAGCGGGGCUCGGUGGGAAUGGCCGUGCGUGAUCGCAGCCCUCAAGAGAUUGCAGAGCAGCGAGCCGAAAAAUUGUUUCGCCGGCGUGGAAGACAACGCCGUGGUCGCCGAUGGAUUAUCGAGCGAGCUAGCUCUGCGGAAUCACCAGUGCCCGGACAUGGGGGCUGUCAAACCCUGCGACCUUGAGCAAGAUCAGCAAGACGUGCGAGGAUAUGAGAUUACUUCCCUAGUAUUCACGACGAGCUGGGGCAACUGUGUUUGACUAGGAUUCCGCGUUCGAAGGUAUACGACAUGGCUCUGGUGUGCAAGAAGUGGAAGGCGUAUCUGCUGCACCCGGAGCUGUACAAGGCUCGAAGGCUGCAAUCCGUUCGCGAAGAUUGGGUGAUUAUUUUAGGAGUAACGGAUGUCGAUAAGAAAUGGCGGGCGUAUCGACCCACCGUGAACGAUUGGGUGGUGAUACCACCGUGCCCUAGCGAUUUCAUGUUUCACUCGUGCGACAAGGAGAGCAUGGUGGCCGGGCUGAACUUGAUGGUCCUAGGGCAAGGCGGAGAUGGAUACGUAGUGUGGAGAUUCGACACCAUCAGGAGUGCGUGGUCGACGACUCCGAAAAUGCAUACUGAUCGGUGUCUAUUCGGCUCGGCCAGCUUCGGACAAUUUGCCUACUUCGCCGGAGGUAGGAGUCGAAGGAGUCUUCUGAAGUCGGUCGAGAGGUACAACUCCGAAACCGACUCAUGCUGCCUGACAUGAACACGGAGAGGAAGUGCUGCUCGGGAUUUGUGAUGGACGGCAAGUUCCACGUCAUUGGCAGUCAACAACAGUCCAUCAUACUCAAUUCGGGAGAGGUGUAUGACCCGGCGAUGAAAACCUGGAAUCUAAUUGAGGACAUGUGGCCCAAGAAGUUCGUCCCGAGCACCCAAGUCGCGCCACCUUUGAUCGCCGUCCUGAACAAUCAGCUGUAUGGCAUCAACAUCAUCGAGAACAUGUUGAUGUCCUACGACAAGGAGAAGAACCAGUGGCAACUCCUGGAGAAGGUUCCUCAUCGGGCCGAGAACACCAAUGGUUGGGGCCUGGGCUUCAAAGCCGUGGGCGACGAGUUGUUCGUGAUCGGCGGUGCGCGAGGGGUCGGCCUGUUUUUACCACAGAUUCAUGCAUACAGUCCGAAGGCGGAAGGCAGUGAGAGAUGGAGCAUCAUCGGAGUCGCGAGAGGUGGUAUUAUGCGGGAUGGCACUCGUGGUGGGUCGUUUUCUCUGAAGUAAGAGCUGGGACCAAUGAUUCGCGAUGGCGGUAGGUGCUUGGGAAGACGCAGUUCGGACCUCGAUUGAUGAAGAAGAAGGGGUGUCGUGGGAGGUGGUCGUUGCGCAGGAAUGGGCGGAAGCAUGGUAAUUCCGGAGGGUAGUAGAGAGUUAGAUGGGUCUAUCGAGUCAUAAUCGAGAACGUAUGACUGCAUGUGCCUUGCUAAUAUGUCCUCUGCGUUUUCCAAUGUCUGCAGAAAGGAGGUCCAUACCUUGCUCUUUAUUUGUGGGGAUUCAUGCUGGUUUUGUCACUCGGGAUGAUGGCUAUUUAUCCCGUUCUCAUUGCCCGACUGUUUAACAAGUUCACUCCACUGCCCGAAGGAGAGCUGAGGGCAAAAAUCGAAAAGCUGGCGUCAUUACUAAAGUUUCCCUUGAAGAAGCUGUUUGUCAUUGACGGAUCCACAAGAUCUAGCCAUAGCAAUGCAUACAUGUAUGGUUUUUUCAACAGCAAGCGCAUUGUGCUUUAUGAUACACUUAUACAACAGUGUAAGGAGGAAGAGGUCGUAGCAGUUCUCGCACAUGAACUUGGCCACUGGCAGCUUAGUCAUACCAUGUAUUCCUUUCUAGCCAUGCAGGUUCUUACGCUGUUGCAAUUCGGCGGUUAUACAUUAGUUCGCAAUUCAACUGAUCUUUUCCGAAGUUUUGGUUUCUCAACCCAGCCUGUUCUUAUUGGCCUCGUGUUAUUCCAGCAUACAAUCAUGCCCUUGCAACAUCUUGUUAGCUUUGGCCUCAACCUGGUCAGCAGGGAAUUCGAGUUUCAGGCCGAUGCAUUCGCAAGGAAGCUUGGUUACGCAGAUUCUUUGCGAGGCCUCAUCAAGUUACAAGAGGAAAGCCUUUCAGCAAUGAACACAAAUCCCUGGUACUCAGCAUAUCACUACUCUCAUCCACCGCUUGUCGAACGGCUCCAGGCUCUUGACAAGUACACAAAGAAGGACGAAUGAUGGAAUCACGUCUGGAGAGGAAGCACCAGAGUUGUAGCGUCAGCUAUUAGAGCUUCAUUUGAAAUCGUCCAGCGGACAUAUGUACACAAGAGAAAAUUAUUUGGAAUUGUGCACGGAUGACAGGGAUCUGGUGACUUCACCAGAGUAUAUCAUAUGAGUAGAACAUCACACCUUAGGCUGCUUGGGACUUUGGUAGGUGGCUUUACCUCAUUGGUAAGAUGGGCCAGCAGUUCUUGUUCAAGGGAGAGCUGUGAUCAAUGAUCUUGUCUUGAACUUGUCAACACGAAUCUGCACUUUCGCACUUGUUCCACAUU